AUGAAGUCCCCAAGCUCGGCUCCAGGUAGCCUAAAUAAAGCGGUGGUUGCGUUCGGUAGCAAUCUGGGGGAUCGGCUUGCUACCAUCGAGGCCGCAAUUUCCAAGAUGAGAGAAAACGACCUCCGAGUUCUCAAGUUGAGCUCCUUAUACGAGACCAAACCUAUGUACUAUGACGAUCAAGACCCCUUUCUGAAUGGUGUCUGUCAAGUUGAGACCAGCCUUGAACCGCUACAAUUACUGGAUGUCUUGCAGGCAAUCGAGAAUGACCUAGGCCGAAAACGCUUGAUUGACAAGGGGCCUAGGACAGUAGACCUUGAUAUCAUCCUCUAUAACCGCGACCUCUUCAAGCACCCUCGUCUCAAUAUUCCGCAUACGCUGAUGCUCGAAAGGGAGUUUGUUCUCAGGCCUCUGGCAGAUAUACUGCCCGACGAGCAUCUUCCGGCGGACUUCUCACCAAGUGCUCCAUACCGCCGCAUAGGUCAAUUAUUGGAGGCUCUUCCAGAGAAAGAUGCCACUAUGUCCCCUGUAACCGUUCUAAGGCCACAAAUACCACUCGUCCGAACGCACGAUGCAACUCGCAAGACUCAUGUUAUGGCCAUUUUGAACCUGACGCCUGACUCCUUUUCCGACGGAGGCAUUCACACGUCUAGAGGCGCUGAAUCAAUAAAGACAACUGUUGCGAGCUUUAUCGCUGCAGGUGCCAGCAUCAUCGACGUCGGUGGACAAAGCACUCGCCCGAAGGCCGACUAUCUUGGACCUCAGGAGGAGCUCGAGCGCAUCCUUCCAAUUGUUCGCGUGAUCAGAGAGAUGAAGGAAGCGGACAAUGUCGCCAUCAGCAUCGACACUUUUCACUCCGACGUAGCCCGCCAGACAAUCCUUGCUGGUGCAGACAUCAUCAACGAUGUCUCGGCAGGUUUGUUAGACCCUCAAAUGCUGCCAACUGUGGCUGAGUUGGGAAAGACCAUUGUCCUAAUGCAUAUGAGAGGAGAUCCGCACACAAUGACAAAACUCACCAACUACCCAGAUGGAGUCAUCAACGGAGUAGCCCGAGAACUUUGCGAGCGUGUUCAAGCUGCCUUGGCCGCCGGCAUCGCUCCGUGGCGCAUCAUCCUUGAUCCGGGCUUGGGCUUCGCAAAGGACCAGGAACAGAACCUCGAACUCCUGAGAAGUCUCCAGCGACUGCGGGAGCAAACAGAAUACUCUCCUAGCCUGAUAAAUUACCCCUGGCUUAUGGGUCCAAGCCGCAAGGGAUUCGUUGGCAGUGUUACCGGGGUGUCGGAGGCUUCCAAGCGGAGCUAUGGUACUGCUGCCACCGUUACCGCCAGCAUUGAAGGUGGUGCCGAUAUUGUGCGAAUACAUGAUGUUCACGAAAUGGUGCAGGUCACCAAGAUGGCCGACGCUAUCUAUCGGCGGCCCUGA